AUAUAAUUGAGGCCCAUGAUCAUAAUAGAGGCCCACGACUAUCGUCUUCUUUAUUGAAGAGAACCCGUCGCCUAUCUAUCUAUGGUUCUUGUUUCCGCCAUUUCCUCUUCAUCAGGCCACAGGUUUACCUAACAGCAGUGGAGAUACUGAUUGAAUCUGAAGCUGGGGAUGGAUCUCACUCUGCUUCUUCACUCCUUCACUCCUUCAUGGACUUCGGUCGCUAUGCUGCUCGGAUAUUUCACUUAUCUCGCGAUUUUUGGAUCCAUUUUACCCGGGAAAGUUGUACCUGGAGCCACUUUAUCAGACGGAACUCGCCUGCAUUACCGUUGUAACGGUUUAUUAAUGCUUUUUCUAUUGGUUACUCUGCUCGGAAUUGGUGGCUGGAUGGAUCUCUUAUCUCCUACUGCUAUUGCCGAUAGAGGUCUUGAGCUUCUAUCCGCAACACUAGUAUUCAGUGUACUGGUAACAAAUAUUCUCUACAUGGUUGGCUGCAAAUCCCAUGAUCAAAGUUCUUCUUUAAGACCUCACACUACAGGAAACCUAAUCGAGGAUUGGUGGUUUGGGAUACAACUGAAUCCUCAAUUCAUGGGACUAGACCUCAAAUUCUACUUUGUCAGAGCUGGUAUGCUAGGAUGGCUUCUUAUAAAUCUCUCUGUUCUUGUGAAAAGCAUUCAAGAAAGCAAUUUAAGCCAAUCAAUGAUUUUAUACCAGCUAUUUUGCAUUAUAUACAUCAUGGAUUACUUCAUUCAUGAAGAGUACAUGACCUCCACAUGGGACAUAAUUGCUGAAAGAUUGGGGUUCAUGCUGGUGUUUGGCGAUAUAGUCUGGAUACCAUUCACAUUCAGUAUCCAGGGUUGGUGGCUUCUAAGCAAUAAAGUGGAGCUGACAAUUGCUGCUAUUAUUGCAAAUUGUCUUGUCUUUUUCAUGGGGUAUCUGGUCUUUAGAGGAGCUAACAAACAGAAACACGUGUUCAAAAAGAAUCCCAAAGCACUAAUUUGGGGUAGACCUCCAAAGGUCAUUGGUGGAAAGCUGCUUGCUUCUGGUUAUUGGGGCAUCGCAAGGCACAGUAACUAUCUCGGGGACUUGUUGGUAGCUCUGUCCUUCAGUUUACCUUGUGGGAUAAGUUCUCCAGUACCAUAUUUUUAUCCCACAUACCUUUUCAUACUUUUAAUAUGGAGAGAGAGAAGAGACGAAACCCGGUGCGCGGAGAAGUACAAAGACAUUUGGGCAGAAUACAAGAAAACGGUUCCGUGGAGGAUAUUUCCAUAUGUAUAUUAACUGCAACGUAUUGUCUGUAUUCAUUAGGCAUUGGGGUGUCCUACUUGAUUUUCUACUUUUCCCUUCUUUGCAUUUUUGCAUUUUUGUUAACUUGCCAUUUUUGUAUUAGCCACAAGUGUUUUAAAUUUUAUUUGGUUAUUGAGUUUAUACUUGUUGUUGUA